CAAGUCCUGACCGCACAACUCGAUAUUGCAGGCCCAGUUUUGCAAGUAACGCCAGAAUAAACCCGACAACCCGUAUUCGAUUGAUCCACAUUCAUGAUUCAACCCCCCAAAAAAUAUCAGUUUCUAACAAACAGCUUGCGGCGACGGAUGCUCGAAACUCAACCAUGCACUCUCGUCUGUUUCCGGUGCCGAUCUCCGUCGAUGGCACCGGCAUCCGUCUUAUCUCCAACCCUAGCAUCAUUUUUCUAAUCUCCCCGUCCCCUACGCGCCUUCGCCGCCGUAUCGGCGUUACACGCGCCGCCUCCAACAACCACUACGCUGUUCUCGGUGUAUCAGCCGACGCUUCAACCGCGGAUAUCAAGCGAGCGUACCGUCUACUCGCUCGAAAGUAUCAUCCAGAUGUUAACAAGGAUUCACAAGCUGGCGAGGUUUUCAAAGGCAUCCGUCUUGCAUACGAGGUUUUGUCUAAUAACACAACAAGAUCCCAGUACGACAGAUCAUUAGAAUUUCAACCAAAUAGCGGCCCGCCAUGGCGGACAUACGACGUCGACUUCGAAAAUGAAAUAAAAACACACAGGUGGUCUAAUUUGAGAUACAAAAUGGGGAGCCAGAAAUACUAUGAAUGGCGCGAUUUUGAUGAUGACGUGGACGAUGAAAUUGACGAGGCAGAUGGCGUGAUGAAUGAAAGAGGAUCGUUUAUUGAAGUUAUAAGAUCCGCGUUUCUCUCCAUAUUCUUGUUGAAAACUAUAGGAGCAAAACUGUCUUUAACUGUUAGCAGUGUGAUGGCUUUGCUUGACCCGGAGUUGGACCGAGGGUAUAAGGCAGGUUAUGUGGUUGCAUGGGUGUUGGGGGGUAGAAGUGGUAUUGUGCUUACUUUAUGCUUAUCGUUUGCGAGUUGGGUAUGUGGAAAAACAAGCAGUAAUGUUGUUGCACUGGUGGUUGUAUCCAUGUGGGUCGGGUCAAAUCUUGCAAGGUUUGCUCCACUUCCUCAAGGGGCCCUUCUUACUCUUCUAUACAUGUCUGUCAAGCUUCAAGCUGAUCUAAAGUUCUAAACUGAACCUACAUCUUAGUUACGCAUAUCUUGUAUUUUGUUUUCGUAUUUGUAAAUAUGUCACGGAUAAACUGUAGCUUAAAUUGAUUUAUUUAUAAGCAAACGGGUCCAAAUACAAAUUACAGUAAUUGUAAAAAUAUAAAAUUCCCUGUA